GAAAAGUGAAGGGCCAAGGGAGUGGCUGGGGCGUUUGUGGGGAAUCCACUUCGUUUUCCUCCGUCUAAUCUAGUCAAUCGUGUCAUUCCGAAGAGAGAAGCCGAGGGGGAGAGAGAGAGAGAGACAGAGCGAUGGGGGAGGCCGAUAACGGUACGCAGAGGGUAAAGAAGAUGGCGGCGGCAGCGUACGACUACGAGAGCGAUCCGCGGUGGGCGGAGUACUGGUCCAACAUCCUCAUCCCUCCCCACAUGGCCUCCCGAUCCGACGUCGUCGAUCACUUCAAGCAAAAGUUCUACCAGCGCUUCAUCGACCCUGAUUUUGUGGUCGAGGCAAUGUCGUCAACCAGUGCAUCCUCUCAGCCAGCUAGGCCAUCGGGGAGAUCAUCAUCAUCGACGUCGUCGUCUUCAGCUACAGAAAAUGCAAGGCCUCGUAGCUCAGGAUCUGGUACCACAACAUCUGCACCACCAGGGAGGAAUGCAAAUUCCUUGCAGAUGGAUCGACGGUCUAUACAUUUUUCUGUCAAUGCUUGGGUGUUAGUUGUUGCGGUGCUUGGAAUCCUUCCAAUUGUGCCAAGGCAUCUUUCAAUAAAGGCAUAUCGAUUGUCCUUGCUGGGCACCACAUGCUCCUCCUUUUAUUCUUUGUACACUCUUUAUGGGAAACCAAGGGCAUGGAAUCCGCCUGCCAUUCAAGCAUGGUUUCAAACUGUGAUAGCAACCAAAGAUUUCAUCCAUUUAAUCUACUGCCUUAUGUUUGUUGCUUCUCAACUACACUUCAAGUUUGCCUUGAUACCUGUCCUUUGCUGGGCAUUUGAACAUGUUGCCAAAUUCUUAAGGCAUAAUUUUGCACAUUCCUCUUUGUACAGGAAAUACUUGGAGGAACCUUGUUUGUGGGUGGAGGCGAAUAUUACUACACUCUGCAUUCUGAGUUCAAAUACUGAGAUUUCGCUGGGUUUCCUUUUAAUCAUAUCACUCUUCUCGUGGCAGCGCAGCAUAAUUCAGACAUUCAUGUACUGGCAGCUACUGAAACUCAUGUAUCAUGCUCCUGUAACUGCUGGUUAUCACCAGAGCGUAUGGGCCAGGAUUGGUCGGACUGUGAACCCUUACAUCUACCGGUAUGCCCCAUUCUUGAACUCCCCCAUAUCUGCUGUCCAGAGAUGGUGGUUCAGGUAGAAGAAAGGAAGACUGAAUGGGAAGGGAAUGAGAAAAAAACUUGCAGAUUACUGUCUUUGCUAUGGUAUUUAAGUCUUGAUAUUGGGAGAAAAAAAAAGGCCAUCUUUGACCAAGCAUUUAGCCUUUCAGAAAUUGUAACUUGCAUAGUCUUUCCACUACUCACGCUUUUUACUCUUGUUAUGUCUAUGCUUCAGUAAAUUAUGAAAAAAUUCUUGCAGAGAUUACCAAAAAAAAGAAUCUCUUGCAAACUUGAGUU